UGUAUUGCACGAAGUUGGUAGAUAUGUCUAGGUUUCGAUAUGACAAAAUCGAAUUCAGGUUCUCAAUUUUUGGUUGAAGAGAUAGAAUAAAUCGGUAAGUAUUUCCUUCAUUAUCGAGGUGAUUGGCUUCUAACUCAAGGCAGAAUAAUGCACAGUGCCAUUCUCAUUUUCGUCCGUAUCGAGUAUUUCACGCUCCUCCUCGGUAGUUCCUCCGACCUCAGUAUCUUUAGAGAGUUGACUUUUGAUGAAUUCAACAAUGACAAUCACCAGCAACAAAAUUGCAACAGUUUCAGAUGCACCCUUGGUCUGUUCAAUAGUUCUAUCCGAAAACGUUCCCGAAAUUAGAUCUUUCGGCUUGGACAACUCGGAUGCAAUUGCAACGGUCGCCCACACCAGCACAAUUGGUACCACCCAAACACGUUUCUUCCUGCUCCAAAUCGUACUAGUGAAAUAUGUCCCGACAAAGAAGACAAUCACCAAGGAAAGCCAACCGAUAAUGGCUUGGACUUUUGGUGACGCCUUGUACGCAACGGCAACGACGUUAGUGUUGACGAGAGUUGCUGCCAUGAUCCAAGAGGCGUGGAUCAAAAAAGGAAAUUUUAGCAGCCAGAAUUCCUCAAAUGUUGAGGAUGAUGCUCGUGACACCCGAAGCAAGAUUGAAACGAGAGGAACCAAUAUGCAGAUCAUUGCAACGAGGGAUAGAGCAAUCUUUUCAAACCCGAAGAAGAUCGUCCAUAAGCCUUGCGCCAAGCAGGCAAGCGCAAAGUUGUACCCUACACCCUUGGUCACAAUAUCCUUGCUGCGAUAGGAAGGAAGAAGCUGAACAAUUGUCCAAAUCAAUUCUGCCGUGAAGAUGAUGCCCCAAAUCGAGAAGGCGUACGCAGCUGGAGUUACCAAUGUUUGGUAUUUCGCUGAUAGAGUUCCGUUGUCCGGUAGACCAGCCCGACUAGAACCAUAAACAACCAAGAAAUUCGACAAGUACGCGAUCACAUUCACGUAGUUGAUCGGCUUUAGAUCUGGGGUGACGGCGGUUGAAGAUGCCAUUGUGAUUCCAAUACAAACCCUUUUUGUUGCUGUGGCACUGCGGAGCGUUAGAGAAUUACAA